CAGGAAAAUGAUCUUUAUAACUUUCAUUUUGAUUUGGAUUUGAUGUCUUGGGACUCGGACCUUUGGAAUAUUACAGGCCAUCCUUAUGCAGAUGCAAACGUGAAGACAGAGCCUUUAUCGCCAGCCGCUUCCAGCUGUUCGGUCCCUUCACCACCGGCUGUGGACUCUCCAGUGCAGAAUGUGCCUGAUGAUGUGGACUUCAGCUGUAGCUCCCAGAUGUCUCCCAUCUCUCUCUACAGCAAGAACUGCAGAAGCCCUGCAUCCCCUGAAGGAGAUGGAGGGAAGAAGCCUGCUGUGAGCAUUUCUUCUCGAUCUGCAAAUAAUUCUGCAAGGAGCCUGAAGAAGUGUGGUCAGACAGUGUCCAGGCCUUUGAUACAACCCAAACCCCUUUUGCCUGCUGUGCCUGAAGCUCAGGCUAACAUUGGCAUCCCAGCUAAAACCAUCAUUAUUCAGACUCUUCCCACACUUGUGCCACUGCCAAAGAAUCAGCCAGUUGUCAACAUCCAGCCAGCACCUCCUAAAGGUCCAUCUGUGGUGCUGCCCCAGCCUGCUGUGGUACAGCUCCAGGCUUCUGGGGUGCUUCCUGCCUCCCAGCCAGUCCUUGCAGUCACUGGAGGGGCCCCAGCACUUCAGAACCACACGGUGAAGGCUCUGUCUCCAGCUGCUGGGAGCGGCUCCAGCAGUGGCAAAAUCCCGGUGACGAAGCCCUUGCUCCAGAGCAGCUCGCCGGCCAUGGGGCUGGAUGUCAAUGUCUUGAGGCGGCAGCAGCGCAUGAUUAAAAACCGUGAGUCAGCCUUUCAGUCACGCAAGAAAAAGAAGGAAUACAUGUUGGGACUGGAGGCCAGGCUGGAGGCAGCCCUGCUGGAGAAUGAGAAACUCAAGAAAGAAAACAGCACGCUGAAGAGGCAGCUGGAUGAAGUGGUACUAGAGAACCAGAAGCUCAAAGUAUCGUCUCCGAAGAGAAGGACACUCUGUGUGAUGGUGAUACUGGCCUUUAUAAUGUUGAAUUAUGGUCCAUUGAGUGUAUUUGAAAAGGAUCCCAAUGCAGUAGAUUCCACUGUGAGUUCUAACCACCGGACCAGAAAUCUUCUGGAGUUCUCAGCUCACCAGGAGUCCAGCACAGCUCAGAAGAUACCUGAGGGCAUCAUUUCAGAGAAGAGUAACAGGUAUGACCGUUCUGUAUCUGAUAACAAAGCACUAAUGAUAGUCUCAGAAGAACCACUGUUAUAUAUUUCACCACCACCACCACCCUGCCGGCCUCUGAUCAACAGGACAGAGUCACUGAGGCUGACCCACGAGCUGCGAGGAUGGGUGCACAGGCACGAGGUGGAGCGCACGCGGUCGCGGCGCCUGAGCAACAGCCAGCAGCAGCGAGCACGAGUCCCGCAGAGCUCCCUCAGUGACAAAGCAGAUUCCCAGCUAAUGGCCAUGCCUUACACAGACACCAGUCUCAGCAAGAACUCAGGGAAUGAGCUGCAAGUGUAUUAUGCCUCUCCAAGGAGCUAUCAGGACUUCUUUGAAGCGAUUCACCGAAGGGAAGAUACCUUCUAUGUGGUGUCAUUCCGCAGGGACCACCUGCUACUGCCAGCCACCACACAUAACAAGACCAGGAGACCAAAGAUGUCUAUAGUGCUGCCAGCUGUAAACAUCAAUGAGAAUGUGAUCAAUGGGCAGGACUACGAGGUGAUGAUGCAGAUUGACUGCGAAGUGAUGGACACCAGGAUCCUCCACAUCAAAAGCUCAUCUGUCCCUCCAUACCUCCGAGAGCAGCGCAGAAAUCACAGCGACACCUUCUACAGCUCGUCCCCGUCGGUGCCAGAGACGCCCCAUGCCCUGAGGGCCAUUGUCAAAUCCCUGCAGUAGAUCCUGAGGCAGCGCACGCAGCAGCUCCUGCCGCCAGCCUGAGCCCUUCCCAGCGGGUGCUGGGCUCCUGGCACGGGGGCACAGCAGGGACAGCCCCCUUAGCCGUGCCUGACCUCACCCAUGGCCCGGGGAUAGCGCAGCCCGGCUGGCUCCUUGCCAGGGACAGUCCUGGGGGCCCCCUGCCCGUGGGGGACACGGGCCAUCCCUGCUGCUUAUGCACCGUCCUUAAUUGUGGGUUGGUUUUCGUUUCUGUCCCUGUUAGGCUGCCGGAGAUGGGCUGAUGAGCCAGAGACAAGGCAGCAGACACCCUCACUUGGGAUGGGGCCGCUCUCCCUGCAGUGUGCUUGGGCAGCAGGAGAAGUCCAGCUGCCAGCUUCAGGUGCUGGGCCUGACCAGAGAGCCCCACUGCUCAUCCUUCCCUCCCAAAUCCUGCCAUGCAGCCUCCCUCAGCAGGAAGCCCUGGGAUGCAGCAGUGUGGUGGAGCAGCCCAGCCCAGCCCCUCAGGAGGGUGCUGGGGCCCCUCACUCACCACUAAAGCACUACAAGCAGAACAGCCCCACUGCCCUGGGGCUGGGCUGCCCGAUGAGGCACUGCCCACCCCCACCUGCCUGGCUCUCCAGGAUCCUGCUGCUGCCUUCCCCGGCCCACGUGGCUGCACGGCUGAAGGCUUGCCCCAAAGGAAGUGAUUUCAUGCAGCAGAUGCAUUUGUAAAGUUUAGGUUUUUUGAGUUUUGGUUUUUUUCUUCCUGGUUUUUGUUUGCGUGGGUUUUUUGUGUGUGCUAUUUAAUACUUUUCACAGCUAACAACUGCCCUUGGAGCAGCACUAGCUGGGAAUGCUUCAGUUCCAUGGGACAGAGCCACAGCACCUUCUCCUGAAGCCACACAUGUGUCACACACACUCAGCCCUGUCUGCCUCACCAGCACAGCCAGCCACUCGCUGGACAGCCAGGAGGCUUCCAUUGGCCCCAGCCCACUGCUGCCAUUGCAGAUGGAGCUCUGUUCACUGUUCCUUGUCUGUCAGCCGAGCCCCAGGCCAGAGCUGGGCCCAGGAGCUCCAGCACGCUGGAGCUCAGCUGGGACGAGCCGCCAGCACAGCAUCAGCAUUGCAUAAUGACUUCAGCAUGUUGUUACAUUAUUUUUUCUCCCCUGUGCAUUUUGCGAAGAGGAUGAUGAGCUUCAGUUUGCCAGCCAGCUGCCUUCAUGGUUUGAGUGCUAACUGGCUCAUAUGGGGUUAUUAAUUAUUAAUUAUUAAUUAUUAUAAUUAUUAUUAAUGUAUGUGUGUGGCUGGUAGGAAAUACAGGUUGAUCCCGCAGCAAGACAGCUCCAGGGGCAGUGAGGAGGAGGAGGAUGAGGGGCAAUACACCCCUGUGCAGUAUGUGCCUUGCAGCACCUUGGGGAAGCUGUGCCCUUUGCCACGUCCCCAGCAGUGCUGGGAGGGAGCUGGGCUUGGCUGUGCUGCUCACACCAGUUCAUUUUCCUGGCCUGGCCCCACCUGACUGUGGGCCAGCUCACAACAGUCAGAAAUAAAAACCCCAGCGGUGCCCCAGCCAGAGGCACGCGGCUCCCCGCAGCCGUGGGUAGGGGCUGCUGGCUGCUCUGGGGGAAUUUGCUGCCAGGGAGCUGGGGAGGGGACUGGGGUGGUGGCUGGGCCUGGCACAACCUUGGGAAGGGCUGCUGCAGCACCACAUCCUCAGUCAGCAGCCCUGGGCUCUGGUGGUGGAGAGCAUCGCUCAUGCUGUGUAAUUCUGUCCUCUGUGUCCCUACUACUGAAGGCAGUAAAAUCCUUCUUUUAUUUAUUACAAGUAA